AGUUGUGACGUCAUUAUUCCGCGACCAAUAUGGCGGCGUGUUUUUGUUAUUGUUGAACAGGCCGAGAGCAGUUCAGGUUUAAUUCAAGAAUCCGCGGAUUCCCUACAACAUGUCUGACGAGGAGAAGGACGGGAAGGAGGAGAAGGAGGAGAAGGAGGAAGGGAGGAACUUCUUCACGGCUUACAGCGACAGCGAUUUGAGCGACAGCAGCAGCGACUCGGAGGCCGGAGAUCUGAAAUCAUCUCGGAAGAGGAAGAAGCUCGAUGUGACCAGCGGCUCGUUUGAGGGAAAAGCGGGAUCAUCCGGUGGUGAGGUGAAAACCGGAAGUGGGGGAAUACCGCUACCCAAACCGGAUGAGCUUUUCAGGUCUGUGUCCAAACCUGCGUUUCUUUACAACCCUCUGAAUAAAGAGAUCGACUGGGAGAGCCGCAUAGUCAAAGCUCCUGAAGAGCCUCGAAAAGAGUUCAAGAUGUGGAAGAACAACGCCGUUCCUCCUCCGCAGAGCUACGAGGUGAUGGAGAAGAAGGGGCCACCUCCCGGGAUGGACAUGGCCAUCAAGUGGUCCAGCGUGUACGAGGACAAUGGAGACGAUGCUCCUCACAAACAAGCGGAACUGUCUCAGGUCCUACCUGACGACGAGCUGGUGCAGUCAGAUGAUGACGAGGAGAAGGCAGAGAAGUCGUCCAUGUCGGCUAAGAAGCACAGAGUGGAGACGUUCCAGCAGAAGGAAAAGAGGAAGCGCGAUAUGGGUCAAGCCACGUCCGAUAAGAACUUUGUCGAAGAGGAAAAACGGAUCCUGAGGCAGUGUUUGGAGUGAAGGAGGAGCCGACCUUCAGAGAUGAUUGGAGAUGAUUCAGGAGAAAGACUGCUUGUGUUUACGCCGAGUGGGUUUCUGAGUGUUUUUGGUGUAACGGUGUAUCAGAUGAUCUGUAGUGUAUAAGUCAAUUCCUGUUUAUAGAGAAAUAAUAAUAACAAUAAUAAUAGAACACAGCUGGGUUUCUGAUACCAUCCAGAAGUGAAUUAUAAAAAAGUGGUUUAUUCCUUUUAUACCACAGCAAUUAGGUUUUUUUUUUGAGAGAAAAAAAAGAAAAGUCUAAAUUUCUGUUUGUCAGAAUCUUUUGUUGUUUGUGACGAACGAUCAGAUUAAACCGAAUCAGACUGAAAA